AUGUUAUUUCUUAAACCUAAUGUUUCACCUGAAGUAUUUGAAAUUAUUCUCAACUUUUUGUACGGUGGCACAGUUUGCUUGGCAGAACAUGAUACAAAAAUAAUUCUUGACGUACUAAAAGCCACGGACGAGUUUUGUAUAUCUGACCUAUCAGAGUAUAUCCAGGAUUACCUUAUCUGUUAUCCUUGGAGAUUAAUGUCGCAUUUCGUUUUUGUCCACCGAUUUGCUGCCGAGCAAAGCGAACGUUACUUGAAAAUACGAAAAUGUGUUAUUGAGCUUAUCAAAGAAAACCCUGCAACAAUAUUUGAUUCUAGUGAUUUUAUCACAAUAGAGCAAAAUACAUUGGUUUCUUUUUUUCAAAGUCAAAAUUUCUUAAUGAAGCCUGUUGAGAUAUGGAAAAGGAUUAUUGAAUGGGGAAUCGCAAAUACACCGGAUUUACCAAAUCCAAAGACAAAAUGGGAAACAGAAAAUUACUAUUCUUUAGGUGUAUCUAUAAAACCGUUUAUUCCAUUAAUUAGAUUUGAUGAAAUGAGCUAUGAUGAAUUUUUAAGAGAAGUGCAACCUUGGCGAAGUUCAUUGGAUUAUGUGGACCAUGAUUUAUAUGAAAAAGUAGACAAGUCUAUUCAAUUAGUUAGUUAUAAUAACAGACCAGAAAAACUCGAUAUUAACUCAGUUCUUAUUACGACAUAUGACGCAGAAAUAAUUUCGACGUGGAUUAAAAAUAUUUCUUCACUACCUGAAAACUGCAAGCAUAGCUUUAAAUUAAUUUUGCGUGGAUCACAAGAUGGUUUUACACCUAAAAAAUUUCAUGAUCAUUGUGAUGGAAAAGGCCCUACACUCACAAUUUUAAGAGAAAAGCAAUCUGGAGAAAUACUUGGAGGAUAUAACCCUUUAAAUUGGCAUUCAAUGGUGGCCG